AUGUCGGUGGUCACCGGGGGUAGCGAGCCUGGCCCCGCCGCUGCUACUGGAGGAAGCGGAGGGAACCGCGUUUUCUUCCAGAGCCCCCGCGGCGGCGGCGGCGCGUCCCGGGAGGAUUCGGUCGCCCCCGCGGCGGCGGUGGUGCAAGUGCAGCAGCAGCAGCAGCGGCGCCACCAGCAGGGCAAAGUGACGGUCAAAUACGAUCGCAAGGAGCUGCGGAAAAGGCUGGUGCUGGAGGAGUGGAUCGUGGAGCAGCUCGGGCAGCUCUACGGCUGCGAGGAAGAAGAGAUGCCAGAUGUAGAAAUUGACAUUGACGAUCUUCUUGAUGCUGCUAAUGAAGAGGAGAGAGCCCUCAAAUUACAAGAAGCGCUUGUAGAUUGCUACAAACCAACAGAGGAUUUUAUCAAAGAACUGCUAACUCGGAUAAGAGGGAUGCGGAAGCUGAGCCCUCCUCAGAAGAAGACUAUAUAACUGAAAACCGAGUCCUCUUGAGAGAUGUGGCCACUAUACUGGGACUUUUGAAUAGAACAACUUCUAGUUUGGUCUUUAUCAGCAAUUUAUUCUUACUUUGAGGUUGAGUUCUGACAUUUUAAUGAAUUUGACCAUUUCUGUUUUUAAGGCUUUUUUAAGUGUCAUUUUUUUAUUUUUUUAUCAUGGAGAUCCAUAUUAUGGAUGCUGCUUUUACUACCUGAGAAUGAUCAAAUUUUGUGGGAAACACCACCCUGAGGAAGACUGUUGCUGUCCCAAGCAGUCAUCCUACUUGAAGAAUUCUGUAUAGAACUACUUGCAGGUGCUG